AUGUUGAGUAAAGCUUCCAAAGCCAAAGUCGUGGACGACAAGGUAGAAAAUGGGGGUCCCAUCAGCGGGAACAAUACCUACCAUCCCGGGGUUGGCGAUGGUGUCGAGGAUGUCGAGUUCGACGAGCUCCAUGUUGUGUGCCCCCCUCACACAACAGAGCGGAAAAUUGUCUCUCGCAUCGACCUCCGCCUAAUGCCAUUCAUUUGCAUCAUGUAUCUUUUGGCAUUUUUGGACCGAGUCAAUAUCGCAAAUGCCAAGUCUUUUUCGCUGGUGGCUGAUCUUGGCCUGACUGGCACGGAGUACAACACGGGUACGGUGCCUGGCCUCGACUUGGUCUACGAGACUGAACGUAGCACUCAAACUGACCCUGAUUAG